CAAGAGGCCACGUAAUUCUGCUGCAGGAAAGUGUGUAUUCUGUGCUAUAAAGAAUCAAAACAAGCCCUGCAGAAAUAAAUCGUACACCAGUGUCGGCAGCCUAAAUAUACUGCAAAGGCGUUGGAUUAGAAGGAGCGUCUCCACCUCCAUCGCUCUGCCCGGACACUGAGGACCAGAUCCAAAGGCCUUCUGGCGGUUCCCUCGCUGCGAGAAGCCAAGUUACAGGGAACCAGGCAGAGGGCCUUCUCGGUGGUGGCACCCACCCUGUGGAACGUCCUCCCACCAGAUGUCAAAGAGAACAACAAUUACCAGACUUUUAGAGGACAUCUGAAGGCAGCCCUGCUUAGGGAAGGACUAUUGUAUUUUAAUAUUUGUUGGAGUCCACCCAGAGUGGCUGGGGAAACACAGCCAGAUGGGCAUAGUAUUUAUUAUUAUUAUUAUUAAUAAUAAUAAUAAUAAUAAUAAUAAUAAUAAUAAUAAUAAUGACCCUAGAGAUCCCUUCCAGCUGGUUGGAUGGCAGUAUUUCAUAUAUGAUCUAGCUGAGAUUCCUGCAUUGCAGGGGGUUGGACUAGAUGACCCUCGGGUUCCCUUCCAACUCUGCAAUUCUAUCACCAUCGUGAUCACCAUCGAUUCAACAAGAGACCACACUAGGGCUGUUGAGGAGGUGCAGCCCCAAAGGGCAGCAUAUAAUAGCAGGGGAAAUGCGACACAUCCUGUCCCUUUAAACAAGGCGUCCCGGGCAAGGCCUCGCGUCGCCAUGGCAACGCGGCCUGCUGCGGGGGUUUCUAAGCGAGGCCUGGACGAGGAAGGGGAGAAGAGGCGGCCUUGUCGUGCCCGGUGGUAGCGGAGCGCCAUUGUCCACAUCGAUACCCAUUUGAAGCAGAAAACACAUCCUGCACCCUCCAGGUUCGUUCUCUCUCUCUCUCCAGAGGCAAAGGAACUGAUCUACCUAGCUUUCCCUCCCAACAGCAGCUGUUAACACCAGUUGUGAUAUGAGCAAGGUGCUGUGGAGCUAAGUGUGCCCAGAGUUGUCGUGGGAACUGCCUUCUUGGCUGCCCUGCCCAAGAUGGAACCCCGGACGGAGAAGGGCGAGGAGGCAGAGAACGUGAAGAUCACCUCCCAGCUCCUGAAGGCCAAGACAGGUGAGUUUGACCUGGAGUCUAUCCUGCUGCUGAAGCUCCGGGGCCUGGGCAUUGCAGACCUGGGCUGCCUCGGGGAGUGUGGCGGCCUGGAGUGGCUGGACCUGUCGGGCAACGCCAUCGUCCACCUGGGGCCCCUCUCCUCCCUCAAAGCCCUGGCCGUCCUCAACGUCUCCUCCAACCGCAUCGCCAGCUUGGAGCCCCUGGCCGGCUGCGAGAACCUGCAGAGCCUCAAUGCAGCGGGGAACCUGCUGAGCAGCCUCCAGCAGCUGCAGUGCCUGGCCGGCCUGCGGCACCUCGAGAGCCUGCGCUUCAGUGACCCCGUGGGGCGCCUCAGCAACCCGCUCUGCGGCGGCGCCGGGUACCGCACCGCCAUGGCAGAGAUGCUGCCGGGGGUCAAGGUGAUUGACGGCGAGCGGGUCUCUGGGCGCGGCAGUGAGCUCUACCAGCUCUGCAAGGACAUUGACAGCUCUCUCAAGCGCUUCCACGGAACUGGGACCGGCGAGCUCAGCGGCCUGACCAAGCCCUGGGUGGAGGAGGGGUACUGGGACGUCCGCCCUGUCCGGAGGAGCUCCAUCGUGGAAGAGGCCUACAAGCAGUUCAACGAGACCCUCCAGGAGUGCCGGGACCUGAGCAAGCGCGCCGACGACACCAUUUCCCAAGCGGAGAGGGCCCUGAGCGCCCGCUCCGAUUCCAGCUCGUUCGUCUUUUGAGCCACCCUGCGCUUCGAUGCCCUUCCCUUGGCAUUGCUGAGCUGGGCCCUGUCCUUUCAGUAUCAUCCUUGUCACUCACUGGCCUGUGAUGCCGUCCUUUUGCGCUGGCCUCUGUCCCAUCCAAAAGCAGCGGGUGCAUCGACACCCUUAACCGAACCUGUUCCCCACAGCUCCUGGGAAAGCUUGUAGGAGCUGGGAGACCCUCAGGUCCGAGUCAAAGAGCAUUGGGAGAAAGUUUUUGGCCAACGGGACUCUGAAAUCUGGAUUAUCAAGUUGGGACCUUUCAGACUACUUCUUUGCAACAUGUAGCCUAGUUUUAAAACAGCGUGGACUGGCAUGGUGCUCCUGACCCACCCCCCUUUUAGUAGGCUGACAUCUUGGAUCUACAUCCAUUCACCCUCAAGGAUGCUCUUUGACUCUGUCUGGCUUCAAGAGAAGGGGCCGCAGUGCAGUGCCUCUCGGGCCUUGUCCUCUGAGGUGAUUCCCACGGCCAUUUUCCCCGCACGGUGAAACCACAGCAAGUUGACUUAUCCAGCACGCAGACACAGAACCUUGUCUUUUUAGACCACCAAGUCCCCGCAUCCUCCUGACUAAACCUUGUUGGUGACAGUUUCCCCACAUGCGUGGGCCUUUGAGUGUUGGUAUGUCGGAGCAUGCGCCAGAGUUCUUUCUUCACCCCACCAAGCUGGUUAGCUGGGUGGCAUUUGUGUAAAUCCACAGAAAAAUAUUUUGAGAACUGGGGGGCUGGGCAGAAGUGGCCGGCCGGAGUGUGAACCCACAUAUUAAGGAACGUCAACAUUCAGUAAUGCUAAACAGUUUGCUCUGGAUAUUUAAAGCCCCGUCUGCACUGAAGCAGUAUCACAGCACCUUAAGCAGCCAUGGCUUCUCCUGAAGAAUCUGGAGGGCUACAGAUUGUUAAGGGUGCUGAGAGUUGUUAGCAGACCCCUAUUCCCACAAGUAGUUUUAUGAACCAAAUCCCUCUUCUCAAGGAACUCUCUGUGUGAAAAAGGGAGUCUCCUAAUAGCUCUUACCACUCUUAAAAUACAUUUCCCAGGAUCCUUUGGGGGAAACUAUGACACUUCAAAGUGGUAUGAUACUACUUUAAGUUUACAGUGCAGAUGGGGGCCUUAAUUCUCAGCUGGCAGCUUCCGUACUGUCCAACUGGUCCUCACCAAGGUUCAGAGCGGACCGGAGGUCACUCAUGGAGUUUGCUUCACAGCUGCCCAUCCGAUAGCAGCAGGGUUGAGGUGAAAGUCCCCUUGUGAAUUGUGUCAUCCGAACUGCAGCAGCCAGAAGAGUCAAAAUGAUGUGUUGUAGAUCCUCUACAUUUUGCAUCAAUCCUGCAAAGGAGCGACUCUGUUUUCACAGGCCUUGACUUCAGCCAAAUUCUCCACCUCGCAUGCUUCCCCAAACGCCUCCGGGUCAUGCUGCCACACUCCCCAUGAAUACAGUAGCUUAGGAAUCUAAUCUUCUUUAUUUCGUCUUCUUUUCCUUUUAUUAUCCUGCCGUUCUUCCCAUGGGAGCUCAGAGCAGCGAACAGCAUAAAAAUACAGUCUGGAAAAAAACACAUUUCUAAAAUACAAAAUACAAAGCAAUACCAGCUGCUGAAAUGUCAGCAAACCUAUAAAACAUCAUAUAUAUAUAUAUAUAUAUAUAUAUAUAUAUAUAUAUAUAUAUGUUAGUAAGAAUAUAUGAAAGUCUUAAAAACAUAAUUUAUAUAUACAAAACGUCUUAAGAAUAUAUAUAAUGCACAUCAUUCAUAUAUACAGUGGUACCUUGGUUCUCAAACGGCUUAGUUGUCGAACAAAUUGGCUCCCAAAUGCCAAAAACCUGGAGGAAAUGUUCUGGUUUUCAAACGUUUUUCGGAAGCUGAACAUCCGACGUGGCCUCUGCUUGAGUGCAGGAAGCUCUUGCAGCCAAUCGGAAGCCAUGCCUUGGUUUUCGAACGUUUUCAGGAGUCGAACGGACUUCCGGAACGAAUUAAAUUUGAGAACCAAGGUAUCUCUGUAUAUUUAAAAGGGGCCCUAUUAUUCCAAAGCCCUUCAAAUUGCCCCAGGGCAAGAAAAGAACAGUUCACCGGUCUGUGUGACAUUUCACUUGGUUUUUGCAGAUUCAGGGGGAGGGGGGUCAGAUCAUAAAGAGGAGAGUUGAUUUGACUUUUGUGUAUGUCAGAGGAGAUGGGGCUGGAAGUUUCCUGGACGAGGACUUGGAGAUCCAAGACCUGGGGGAGGGAACCCAUGCCUUUGAAGCGGAGGUGUAGAAAGGAAGCUGAGCCAGCACUUGGGAUCUGGGCGCUGCAUGUUCCAUCCUGGGAUUGCAUGCUGGGUCUUGUGACAUGGGAAUGCCGUGCAAUUAUUUGCCUGUGAAAUAAACCCAAUGGUCUCCCUUGCUUUUCUGCCUGCUGGUUGGGUGUAGAGCUGCCUCCUUUGUGGAGUGCUUUCAUUCUCUCCUGUAGUCCACUCCCGAUGUGUGCCAGAGUGAGGUGCCCUUCCCUGGGCAACUGAGCCUCUUCAAGAAGCGGGUGCCUGCCAAGUGCCACCUGACAAAGGCCCUCCUCCUUCCUGUCCAUUUGUCAUACGCCAGCCGGAUGUUUGUGCCCUCCCUGGAAAUCCAAACAUUCCCCGUCUUCACCAAGGGAACCUGAAUUCUGAACAGCGGGAGCUGCAAAUUAAGCAAAGCGCCGCCGGCCUUUGUGCGUCUUGCACAUCUGCUUCUCUUGAUUAUGAAGAGGGGGGGAUAAGGAGCUGUGAAGCCAAAUGAAAUCUGCCAAACAGUAGAAAGUUUAUUCAUCCCCUUGCCCUGCUCCCUGGCUUCUGAGAUUCCACCAGGCUCUGUGCAUGCAUGCAUGCAAUUUGAUUGCACACACAGGCACUCCUUACAACUGACUUUUGUAGCUGGAAGUUCUGCAGGUGGAGCAAGUCACACAAGUUAAAUGUAAUUGCAUAUACUCCUUUAGCUCUGCUAUAGGAUUUAUCCUUUUUAUCUUCCG